AAACCAAACAACAGUGCCAAACCCGCCAACGAGUUCAAAGCUACUGCGGUUUUACCUUAUGUCAAAGGUCUGUCCGAACAGCUUCGCCGUUGCCUAAAACAACAAGGCGUACGCGCUGUUUUCAAGUCGGAGACUACGCUAAGAUCUCAGUUGGUACGACCAAAAGACGCUGUCGACCUGGCUAAACAAGAUGGCGUAGUUUACAGGAUUCCCUGUGAAUGCGGCAAGGUGUACAUCGGAGAGACUGGAAGACCUAUGCAGACAGAAUUUAGGAGCACGAUCGAGACAUUCGAUUCGCCCGUACCGAGACCUCCGCCGUUUCAGAGCAUGCCCACAACACCGGACACAAGCCACUCUGGAACUAAGUAAAGUUUAUUGAUCGUGACCCAUAUCACUACAUGCGCAGGGUCAAAGAGGCAAUUCAUAUAAGACUUCACCCAAACAACUUAGUGGAUAGUGGAAUAGAAAUUUUAGAAGCGUGGAAACCCACGAUAAAAAAAAAAACACAACAACAGGAGAGUCGUGCCGUGCCGUGUAUCAUUGACUCUGAUAACGAUACUCUACAGGCAAUAUUAAAUUAGAUUCAAGUGUUUAUUACAACAAAUGUAACAGGUUUCUGUAGUGUAGUGGUUAUCACGUCCGCAGGUUCGAGCCCUGCCAGAAACAUACUUUUAGAAAAACUUUGAAGCAAGAGGAUAAAUGAUUAGUUUUACCUCGACCAAGAAUGUAACAAAUUUCAGAUGUUUGUUCUUCCCUCCUGUUAGUAAUUAUGGAAAUCUUCACUUUCCACAAAUUUGCCUCCAUAAAUAUGGUGAGGCAGUAGUCAUACUAUUGUUCAGCUCAGGUUGUAGAAAUAGAAAAAUGAAAUGAUGGAACAAGAAGCGUUAACAUAUAUAUGAUACGACCAUACUCCAUCCUGGUUUGGUGGCUUUUGAUAACAAUGGCUAAUUCUUUUUUUUAAAGAAAUUAAACUCUUAAAAGAAACUCACAAAGACUCUUUAAGGCUCUAAAAGAAACUCUUAAAAAAGUCGGUAAAGCAAGCUUAAAACGAAAGGUUGGUGGUUCAAGCCCACCCGGAGACGGUAUUUUACACCUGCACCUCCUACCCUUUUGCUUCCUUGUUGCAAGUUUUAUAUGGCUCAUUUCUCGGUAAAAAAUACUUUUACAGAGUUACUAGCUGUGGCGCUCACAUGCUCAUGUGUUGGAAAUCAAGUGCAGUCACGCCUUUACCAUUAAGCUGAAAAAGACAAAAGUAGACUGGAAUAUCCCAGUUUACAUAAUUUGAAGGGUGGGCUUCAUUUCCUGUCUGUCUUCAUUACCUUUCCUUCAGUGUGGGAUGUACGCACCCUAACUGUCACUUGGAGAAACUUGUUUCAUUGGUGAGAUUGAUGGUGGAGCAGUGGUGACCUGUUUGCGGGUUUCUGCCUGACGUUGGGGUUGGCUCGCACAGCUCCUCUUUCAAAUGCAACCACCUUACCAGGAGCUAAGUAAACUUUGAGAAGCUGUUCGCUGUGGUAAUACUCCCUGACAAUCUCAGAUGGCCGACCUUAGAUCUUAGAAUUUGGUCAUAUUUUUAGAGUUCUGGUUCUUUCUUUAGAGCCUUCUGUCCGAGUCUCUCUUCGAUCUCUGACUCCUCUGUAGGAUGAAGCUCUCACAAGUCUUGAUAGAGAAAAUACCCUCCCUAAACCACAUUUGACAUCUCCGGCCUGUUGGUCUAGUGGCAUGAUUCUCGCUUUGGGUGCGAGAGGUCCCGGGUUCGACUUCCGUACAGGCCCGAUAGUCCCUCCUUUUGGAGAACUUUCCCGAAAUUAACAGACCGGUAACUCAAACUUCCCGAGGAUAACUUUAUGACGACGGCAAUACCAUAAACGAUAGAUCUCAUUUUGUUUUCCGUUUCUGGUUGCUCACAAGCCCUUAACGUACCACUGAAUUUUGUUAUUUCAGGGAGAGCUCCCAUUACUUCUGUUUUUUUCUGUUAAGAGUACCGAACUUGGAACAUUACUUUUAUUCAUUUCGUAGAAAAGGUUGUGGUUAUUCAUCGUGGUGAAUAGCAAUAAAAGAUAAGUUUUUCGUUUGUAUCACGAUGUAGUUACAUGUAAUGUAGAUCGCGACAUUUCCACUGCAUACUGCUAGUCUUCUUCAGGCAAAACCAAACAACAGUGCCGAACAAGCCAACGAGUUCACAGGAUUCCCUGUGAAUGCGGCAAGGUGUACAUCGGAGAGACUGGAAGACCUAUGCAAGACAGAAUUAAGGAGCACGAUCGAGACAUUCGACUCGCCCGUACCGAGACCUCCGCCGUUUCAGAGCAUGCCCACAACACCCGACACAAGCCACUCUGGAACGUAGUAAAGUUUACUGAUCGUGACCCUCAAUACUACAUGCGCAGGGUCAAAGAGACAAUUCAUAUAAGACUUCACCCUAACAAUAUCAACAGGGAUAGUGGAAUAGAAAUUCCAGAAGCGUGGAUGCCCACAAUCAAAAAACACAACAACAGGAGAGCCGUGAGACAGCGGACCGCCGAAGGAGCAAAUCACUGA